GAGACUCACGCAUAGCAAUUGUGGAUGAGGAAGUAGCACUGCUGAAGCACAUGGGUUGGACCAGACAUUCAGUCACAGCAUGCACCCAUGAGCCAACAUCCUGGUGUUCCUCAGACGACCCCCAAACAUGGAUCCCAAGAUUUAUUUGGCCUCUUUGACUUUUUUCUUGCUCAUCGCCUCUGUAGUGCCAAACGCUCAGACUCAGGCUCCUACAACUUCACAUUAUGAACAGCAUGGGACCAGCCACAUGAGUGAGCCGACCACAGAGUCCUCUGUUUCCGCUGAAAGAAAAAUGGAAACGAGAGUCACCAGAGCAUCUGACUCCUCCCAUGUCACUUCCCCUGGUGCAAAAACCACAGGUUUAAACAAGAACAGCACAAAGUACACAACCACAGCAGGAAAUAAGACACCAACAGGUAAACCAGCAAGGGCCCAAUUUGUUCCGAGCAAGUCCACAGCAAGGCCAUCAACAACUACAGCCAUACGUACCCCACCAGUCCCAGUGAAACCCUCCGCUGCUGUUGCCUCUGAUCCAAUGUGGGACAAAGAUUUCACCUAUGAUUACACCACUCUGCGUCAUGCUGGCCUGUCCAUAGCAGCAGUGCUUUUCAUUGUGGGUAUAAUGGUCAUUGGCUGUGGAAAAGUUUGUAAAAUGCCUAAGUGUCAUAAAAGGGCAUCAAAGUCGUACCAAGUGGCCCAAGCAUGAGAAGGAAGUAGAGAAUUACUACAAUAUUUUAGGAGGAUAGACUACAAUGUGCUCUGAAUAUUUAAAGGCACAAUAAGUAACUUUUCUGGAAGGUUCGCCAUGUGCUUGUCUUCAUGAAUGAGGUAUUUCUUGCCUAGAAUGUUCCACAGUAGGUUAUUAACCCCCACGUAAACAAGCAGGUUUCAGUAGGAAUGCAAGUUUUUCAAGGUAUUUUUGAGCAGUAAAAAUACAUGCAGUUCAAAAAUGCAUAAAAUAUUUGUCAGAUGCCAUACCUUGGAACAUUCUAUGUAAAGCAACAUAUUUUCAUGGCAGGUGACAAACUGUCCCACCAGAAAAGUUACAUAGUGCAUAAGUUCACACUUGGGAGAAUUAAACUCAAUGUGUCAUCCUCUACUUGUUGCAUUUUGGGUAAAUAUUAAAUAAUUAUUUUAACACA